CGGCCUCCCUGACUCCCUCCGCCGUGGGAAAGGAAAGCGGAGGAGGAAGAGGAGCCAAGCCGCUCGCCUCAACACACCCCCACCCAAGCAACACGCGGAAAAGGCGAGGCGAUGGUGGUGCGGCGGCUGGGCGGCGCGGGGCGCGCGCUGCUCACGCUCCCCAACAUCCGGAGGCGGGCGUCCAACUCCUGGGCCGCCGUCUGCGACACCUUCUUCUCCACUAAGCAAGUGUUCGAGAACCACCGCAUCGUCUUCACCGUCGGCACCUCCAUCGCCUCCGUCCUCACGGCUUGGGCAGGCUAUUCACUUCGCCACGUGCAACAAUCAAGGAUUGAACAGAGGCUUGAGUCAAUUGAAUCAUCUCUGAAGGGUAACCACAAAGUUGAACAUGAAGAGAUAAAAAAGAUCGUCACUUCCAGCAAUAUUAGCGCCCCAGCCUGUGUAGCCACGGCAAUGACCACAAUGGUUGUUGGGUCCGCGGUAGGCUGGCGAGGUGGUGCUUGGUACGCUCGAAGGGGCUUGAGAAAAGAGCAACAAAAGCUGGUGGGGAUGGGUCACAUGAAGUCGCACGACAGAUGGCACUGGCGGCCCUUCAACAGGCUCAGGAACAGCAGGUUAGCCUCCAAGAACAAGCGCGCCGACGCCCAUCCAAGCACCGAGGCCCCCUCGACGUCAAGCAACGCGGCCUCUGCGGACGUUAGCUGUGCUUCUCAGCCGGCAGCGGGCAGUGCAUGAGCUUAUAUAUCCACAACAAUGGACUAGGAUGUGACUGUGAGCUUGGGGCCGCGUAGUAGUCCAUACGACUUGGUAGAACAGACAAUGUGAGUCAGCUCGAUCUGUGGUGGAUCGUUUUUACAUGCGUGAACCAGUACAGUGUACAUACAAAUGUACAAUCAUAUGUACUUUGAUAAACCAUUACAUAAGCUAUUCACCUUUUUUUUUCUAAUACAACUGCGAUUAUUUGUACUGUUAAAGCCAUAUAUACGAGCCUUAGCCUAUAUAAAGCAUGGCUAGAGGCGAGGUAUGUAGCACAGUAUAACAUCUUUA